CCAAAACAUCAAGCUUCCUAUCAGUUCCUAUUACAUAUACAUAUAAUCAAGCUCUUCUUUGGCCAAGACAUAUUCAAGCUUUUUAACAGAGUCGCCACAAGACGCUCCUACCUAUUUUCUUCCAGACCUUCAACCUGCUAGCUUCAAAUGAGGCCUUCUUUAGUUUGUUCUCUUCUGCUUUUGUCCCUCCUUCUUGCUAAGGUUCAAGGGAUUCGUUUGGACAGAGAAUCUUUAGCAGUUCAGCAACAAAAACAGCAGGACAAGGAAAGUACCUUGAUGGAAAAAAGUAAUGGCGAAGCUGAGGAAGUUAAUCUCUGCAAAGACGAACAACGCACAGGAACGAUAAAGAGUAGGAAACUUGUCACCACAUCCAUUUCCUCUACCCACGAACUCUCAAAGAAUAAAGUGAAGAAGGAAGGGGAUGAAGCUCACUUCUCUGUAAAUGGCAAUACUAGAAAGGUGAAACCUGAUGGGGAAGAAGAGGGAAUAAAAGUUCAAACUUUGCCUACUUCAGAGCACCGGGGGCUCCAUCACGAGCAGUAUCCGGACCUUGUAGACAUAGCUGAGAUGGACUAUUCUCCAGCAAGGAGAAAGCCUCCAAUACACAACUAAGUCUAGGGAAAAGGGAACAACUAAAGAAAGGGACAAAAGUUUUUAAGAUUAGGAUAUUAAUAAAAUAUGGGCCAGAGAAGUUGGACAGCAUUGCAGAAAUGCUGCAGUUUUUCUAGGAAUGAUGACUUGUACAUUAUACAUAAUAUUCUACUUUCAUUAUUGAGAAACAGUACCCUUAGUAUCAUUUAGUAUUCUUAAGUGUUUGUCUUUUUGAUGAUUAAGUUAUCAUGAGUAUAAUUAGGUUAGCUUCUCUUCUCAAGGUUCUUUAAACCCCAAGAAAGAAAGUGA